AUGGACGCCGAGUCAACUCAGCUCCAGCAAGCGCAGCUUGCGGCGAUUCUGGGUCCGGAUUCGGCGCCCUUCGAAACACUAAUCUCCCAUUUAAUGUCCUCCUCCAAUGAGCAGAGGUCCCAGGCCGAAUCAAUCUUCAACUUGCUUAAGCAGAACGAUCCGAACUCGCUCGCUCUCAAACUCCUCCACCUCCUUUCCACCUCCCCGCACCAUGAAGCCCGUGCUAUGUCUACAAUCCUCUUGAGAAAACAGUUGACUCAGGAUGAUUCGUUCAUCUGGCCCCAACUCACCGAGUCAACUCGCUCCGCCGUGAAGAACAUCCUCUUGUCCUCUGUCCAGCGUGAGGAAUCCAAAUCCAUCGUCAAGAAGCUAUGCGAUACGGUCUCAGAACUCGCCUCUUCUUUACUACCUGAAAAUCAAUGGCCAGAACUCCUGCCCUUCAUGUUCCAAUGCGUAACAUCGAAUUCCCCAAAAUUACAAGAAUCCGCCUUCUUGAUUUUAUCUCAAUUGUCCCAGUUCAUCGGCGAAACGUUGAUUCCAUACACAACGGAUUUGCACAGCGUGUUUUUAAAUGUGCUGAAUAAUUCCCCCAACUCCGAUGUGAAAAUUGCGGCUCUAAGCGCGGUUAUUAAUUUCAUUCAGUGCUUGUCAAGUUCAAAUGAUCGUGAUAGGUUUCAGGAUUUGCUGCCCUCAAUGAUGACAACAUUGACUGAGGCCUUGAACCGCGGGCAGGAAGCAACAGCACAGGAGGCGUUGGAGUUGUUUAUAGAGUUGGCUGGGACAGAGCCGAGGUUUUUGCGGAGGCAGAUUGCUGAUGUAGUGGGGUCCAUGUUGCAGAUAGCUGAGGCCGAGAACUUGGAGGAAGGCACUCGACAUCUGGCCAUUGAGUUUGUGAUUACUUUAGCUGAGGCACGGGACAGGGCUCCCGGGAUGAUGCGCAAGUUGCCACAGUUCAUUAGUAGGCUUUUUGCAAUUUUGAUGAAGAUGCUUUUGGAUGUGGAGGACGAUCCCAUGUGGCACAGUGCGGAGGCUGAGAACGAGGAUGCAGGGGAGACCAGUAACUAUAGCAUUGGGCAGGAGUGUUUGGAUAGGCUGGCGAUUGCACUUGGUGGGAAUACAGUUGUCCCCGUGGCAUCUGAGCAGUUGGUGGCUUAUUUGGCGGCUCCCGAGUGGCAGAAACAUCAUGCCGCUCUAAUUGUACUGGCACAAAUUGCAGAGGGUUGCUCGAAGGUGAUGACUAAAAAUUUGGAGCAAGUAGUGAAUAUGGUUUUGAAUUCCUUUAAAGAUCCACAUCCGCGUGUCCGAUGGGCGGCUAUUAAUGCUGUUGGACAGCUGUCAACUGACUUGGGCCCUGAUUUGCAAGUUCAGCACCAUCAACAUGUGUUGCCAGCACUAGCUUCAGCUAUGGAUGAUUUCCAAAAUCCUCGAGUGCAGGCACAUGCAGCAUCGGCCGUUCUUAACUUCAGUGAGAACUGCACCCCAGAAAUUUUAGCACCUUACUUAGAUGGGAUAGUGAGCAAGCUGCUUGUGCUUUUGCAGAACUCCAAACAAAUGGUGCAAGAGGGGGCCUUAACCGCCUUGGCUUCAGUUGCCGAUUCAUCUCAGGAGCACUUCCAGAAGUACUAUGAUGCAGUUAUGCCUUACUUGAAAGCUAUAUUGAUGAAUGCGACUGACAAGUCUAACCGCAUGCUUCGUGCCAAAGCCAUGGAAUGCAUUAGCUUAGUUGGGAUGGCAGUUGGAAAGGAAAAAUUCAAGGAGGAUGCGAAGCAGGUCAUGGAAGUGCUUAUGUCAUUGCAAGGAUCUCAGCUGGAGACAGAUGAUCCUACUACCAGUUACAUGCUACAAGCAUGGGCAAGACUUUGCAAGUGCUUGGGACAGGAUUUUCUUCCUUACAUGAGCGUCGUCAUGCCUCCUUUGCUUCAGUCUGCUCAGCUAAAACCUGAUGUGAUCAUAACCUCUGCCGAUUCAGACAAUGAAAUUGAUGAAUCAGAUGAUGAAAGCAUAGAGACCAUCACCUUAGGGGAUAAAAGAAUAGGGAUCAAGACCAGUGUACUAGAGGAAAAGGCCACUGCUUGCAAUAUGCUAUGCUGCUAUGCUGAUGAGUUGAAGGAAGGUUUCUAUCCUUGGAUUGAUCAGGUUGCUCCGACUUUGGUUCCGCUUUUGAAAUUUUAUUUCCACGAAGAAGUGAGGAAGGCUGCUGUUUCAGCAAUGCCAGAGCUCUUGCGUUCUGCAAAAUUGGCUGUAGAGAAAGGGAUAGCUCUGGGCCGUAAUGAGGUGUACGUUAAGCAGUUAUCUGACUAUAUAGUACCUGCUUUGGUGGAAGCUCUACACAAGGAACCUGAUACGGAAAUAUGUGCAAAUAUGCUAGAUGCAUUAAAUGAAUGCGUGCAGAUAUCUGGGCCACUUUUAGAUGAAAGCCAGGUUCGAAGUAUUGUGGAUGAGAUAAAACAGGUGAUCACAGCCAGCUCUAGUAGAAAAGGAGAGAGAGCGGAGAGAGCAAAAGCUGAAGAUUUUGAUGCAGAGGAGGGAGAAAUGCUUAGAGAGGAAAAUGAGCAAGAAGAAGAACUUUUUAACCAAGUUGGUGAGAUCUUGGGAACUUUGAUCAAGACAUUCAAAGCCUCAUUCUUGCCUUUCUUUGAUGAGCUGUCAUCAUAUCUGAUGCCUAUGUGGGGAAAAGAUAAAACUGCUGAAGAGAGAAGGAUUGCAAUUUGCAUUUUUGAUGAUGUAGCUGAGCAGUGUCACGAAGCUGCUUUAAAAUAUUACGAUACAUAUCUUCCUUUCCUUUUAGAAGCAUGCAAUGAUGAGAAUCCAGAUGUUUGCCAGGCUGCCGUGUAUGGUCUUGGUGUGUGUGCAGAAUUUGGUGGUUCUGUAUUUAAACCACUAAUCGGAGAGGCUCUUUCGAGGCUUAAUGUGGUCAUCAGACACCCGAACUCUUUGCAGCCUGAUAAUAUGAUGGCAUAUGAUAAUGCUGUUUCUGCUCUGGGAAAAAUAUGUCAGUAUCAUCGCGACAGCAUUGAUACAGCACAGGUUGUACCUGCCUGGUUGAGUUGCUUGCCAAUAAAGGGUGAUCUUAUUGAAGCAAAAGUUGUUCAUGACCAGCUUUGCUCAAUGGUUGAGAGGUCUGAUCUGGAACUUUUGGGUCCAAACAAUCAGAAUCUUCCUAAAAUUGUUUCUGUAUUUGCUGAGGUCAUCUGUGCUGGGAAAGAUCUUGCUACUGAGCAAACAGCUAGUCGGAUGAUAAAUCUGUUGAAGCAGCUUCAACAGACACUACCGCCUUCUACCCUUGCUUCUACAUUGUCAUCCCUGCAGCCUCAGCAGCAGAUUGCAUUGCAGUCAAUUCUCUCAUCAUAA